CAUCAAAUUCCAAAUUAAAAGACAUGCCAAACACUCAAUACAAUAUUGCCCAAUAUAGAGACCUUCAUGAUGUUGUUAAGGUACUCUUUUGUGUUCUAUUUAGUCAAAAUCUGACAAAGUUGUUGAAGGAAAACAAGUUGUCAUCGUUUUCCAGGGGCAGAAACAGGAACACAGAGCUUCAUCAAUAGUUGUACUGCAGAAUAAAAAGUCAUAAACCAGUUAUAAACCUGAAUAAAUAGUUGUACUGCAGAAUAAAUAGUCAUAAACCAGUAUAAACCUGAACAAAUAGUUGUACAGUCUUAUAUCUCUGUACCGCGAAUCGAGCUAGCAGGGAGCGGUACGGUCUAUAUGAAAUUGGUGGGCUUAUCAGCUCUAAAAAAUAAUACAGAAGAAAUGGCGUCUAUGGCGACCAGAAGAUUAGCGACCAAAACAUUAAAAAUAGGAGCAGCAUGGAGCCGCCCAAUUCGCUACACGAGGCCGGCUGCUUGUCUUCUUGUCCAGAUGCUCGCUGCACUAUUAUUAUUAUUCCAGAAUUUGCAGAGUGUUUCUGGAAGCUUUGGGGUGGAACGGGGCUCUAUUUUAAAGACUGCCUUGCAGUUUCCCCACGUUCCGGCAUGUUCUAUUGUGGGUUCAUCUUUUUCUCGAUGUGCAAUGUCAUCGUCAUCAUCGAAUGAUGCUACUGAUGACUGUGUUAUUUCCGCUGACUGGCUUCAUCAAAAUCUUAGGCAAUCCCAUAUUAAGGUUGUAGAUGCUUCUUGGUACAUGCCAAAUGAGCAGAGAAAUCCACUGCAAGAAUUUCAGGGUGCCCAUAUCCCUGGUGCAGUCUUCUUUGAUGUGGACAAAAUAUCUGACCAGACUUCUAAUUUGCCACAUAUGCUACCAUCAGAGAAAGCAUUUGCUGCUGCAGUAUCUGCACUUGGAAUCGAAAACAAAGAUUCAGUAAUUAUUUAUGAUGGCAAGGGAAUUUUCAGUGCAGCUCGCGUGUGGUGGAUGUUCAGAGUGUUCGGUCAUGAUAGAGUUUGGGUUUUGGAUGGAGGCUUACCAAGAUGGCGCGAUUCAGGCUAUGAAGUGGAGUCAUGUGCCUCUGGUGAUGCCAUUUUGAAGGUUAUGGAAGCCUGUGAAGUGAUUGAGAAAGUUUACCAAGGGCAGAUGGUUGCUCCAAGUUUUAUCACAAAUUUUCGGCCCCAUCUAGUUUUGUCUUUGGAGGAGGUGAGACAGAAUAUACAAGAAAGAAAAUACCAACACAUUGAUGCACGUGGCAAGCCCAGAUUUGAUGGUGUAACUGCGGAGCCUCGCAAAGGCAUCAAAAGUGGUCAUGUGCCAGGAAGUAAAUGCAUACCUUUCACUGAGGUCUUGAAUGAUAAGCAUGAACUUUUGGAACCAACUGACCUUGCGAAAAGAUUUGAAAAAGAAGGUGUUUCACUUGAUAGUCCAAUAGUUGCAUCAUGUGGGACUGGAGUUACUGCUUGCGUCCUUGCACUGGGUCUCCAUCGCCUUGGCAAGGCCGAUGUUGCUGUCUAUGACGGCUCUUGGACAGAAUGGGGUGCACAUCCCGACACACCAGUGGAGACUGCUGAAUCUAAAGUAAAAAAAUAGUUUACAAUAUGCUUUGGCUAUGAGAAAUUGUACAGUUCAACUUGAAGUCACAAAAUAAUAAUUGGAGUGACACAAACAUAUGUUAGUAAUUGAUUUCAUCUUGGGCUAACAUGUUCAUUUCUUCAUCAUUUUUUAUUAUUGUUCAAGAGAUUGCUAACUCCCAAGGUCAGUUGGAUAGCAAUAGCAACUUUUGUUUUCAUUAAAAAAAAGUCAAUGGAAAUGGCAUUGAAUCAAAUCUGUUUGGCGAUCAUAAGUCAAGCAACUCAACAAAAUUGAGAAUUUUUCAAAUACUGUACAUUCCUCACAUAAAACUUACAAGUGAUCUAACACUCAAAUAGUUAAAUAUAAAAAAAUUGCACUUUAA